AAAUACGCACAUUACGGUGUUUCGAGUGUUACCAGCUAUCUCGAUGCACAAUUUUUGAAUUUGUUAACAGUAUCUGUAUAAUUUUCAUCUGAAUACCGUUGGACUCUUUUAUAGUUUUUAAAACCUAAGGAUGAGCAUCCACAUCCAAUGCGCAGCUGUUUGAACUGUCACCCGGCUUUUGGAUGCCACCCACCCUCAAAGCAAGUUCGGGGAGGCCUGCAACAGGACAAUGCCAUCACAUUUAAAAGGCAGAGCAUCGUCGUGUCCGUGCUCAGUAGAUGUUCCACCAUCUCGGCAGACAAACCAAGAGUUCCGUAAACGGGCAAAAUUGCAAAACAAACGGCUAGUAAAAAUGACACCGCGCGUCUAAAAAAACAACAAAAUAUUUGUGAAUAUUGUGGUGAAGUAGUAAAAAUAAACGAAAAUAUAGUGCAUGAAAAACAAUCCGAGCAAGAUGCAGAAAAGAGGGGCACAUUAUCGCAUGCUAAAGUGUCUAUUGUUGUUGGCAAUUCAAGUAGCACUCAAUGUCCCAAAGGUAGAAGCAUUGCCCGACAUCAUCAAAAUUGGUGGAUUGUUCCAUCCCUCGGAUGACCAUCAGGAGCUCGCCUUUCGCCAGGCUGUUGAGCGCAUCAAUGCCGACCGCUCCAUUUUGCCCCGCUCCAAACUUGUGGCCCAAAUUGAGCGCAUCUCGCCAUUCGACAGCUUCCAUGCCGGCAAACGAGUUUGCGGCUUGCUCAACAUUGGCGUCGCUGCAAUUUUUGGACCACAAUCCUCGCAUACCGCGAGUCAUGUGCAGAGCAUCUGUGACAACAUGGAGAUACCGCAUUUGGAGAAUCGCUGGGACUACCGUCUGAGACGCGAAAGUUGCCUGGUGAAUCUUUAUCCCCAUCCAAAUACACUCUCAAAGGCUUAUGUGGAUAUUGUGCGUCAUUGGGGCUGGAAGACGUUUACCAUCAUCUAUGAGAACAACGAUGGCAUUGUGCGACUGCAAGAGCUGCUCAAAGCUCACGGCAUGACACCGUUUCCCAUCACUGUGCGCCAACUUAGCGAUAGCGGAGAUUAUCGGCCGCUGCUCAAGCAGAUUAAGAACUCGGCUGAAGCGCACAUUGUGCUCGACUGUUCCACAGAGCGCAUACAUGAAGUGCUCAAGCAAGCCCAACAGAUUGGCAUGAUGAGCGAUUAUCACAGUUAUUUGGUCACAUCGCUGGAUCUACACACGGUCAAUCUGGAUGAGUUUCGAUAUGGAGGAACAAAUAUCACUGGCUUUCGGUUGAUUAACGAGAAAAUCGUCUCGGAUGUGGUGCGUCAGUGGAGCAUCGAUGAGAAGGGUCUGUUGCGAUCGGCCAAUCUGACAACUGUGCGCUCUGAGACAGCUUUAAUGUAUGAUGCUGUGCAUCUGUUUGCCAAGGCAUUGCAUGAUCUGGAUACCUCGCAACAGAUUGAUAUACAUCCGAUUAGCUGUGAUGGACAAAGCACUUGGCAGCAUGGCUUUAGCUUAAUCAACUAUAUGAAGAUUGUUGAGAUGAAGGGUCUGACGAAUGUCAUUAAGUUUGACCAUCAAGGUUUUCGCACGGACUUUAUGCUAGACAUUGUGGAGCUAACGCCGGGUGGCAUACGCAAAAUUGGCACCUGGAACUCCACGCUACCCGAGGGCAUCAACUUUACGCGCACGUUCAGCCAGAAACAACAGGAAAUCGAAGCGAACUUGAAGAAUAAGACCUUAGUGGUCACUACCAUAUUGAGCAAUCCUUACUGCAUGCGCAAGGAGUCGGCAGUGCCGUUAACAGGCAACGAUCAAUUUGAAGGCUAUGCUGUGGAUCUUAUACAUGAGAUAUCCAGGUCAUUGGGUUUCAACUAUAAAAUACAACUGGUUCCCGAUGGCAGCUAUGGAAGUCUGAAUAAGUUGACUGGCGAGUGGAAUGGCAUGAUAAGAGACCUAUUGGAGCAACGCGCUGAUCUGGCCAUUGCGGAUCUUACAAUCACAUUUGAACGCGAACAAGCUGUUGAUUUUACCACACCGUUUAUGAAUCUAGGCGUCUCUAUACUCUAUCGCAAACCCAUCAAGCAGCCGCCCAAUUUAUUCUCCUUCUUGUCGCCCUUAUCGUUGGACGUUUGGAUCUACAUGGCCACAGCAUACUUAGGUGUUUCCGUGCUGCUCUUCAUCUUGGCCAAAUUCACACCCUAUGAGUGGCCUGCUUAUACUGAUGCUCAUGGCGAGAAGGUCGAAAGUCAGUUCACCUUGCUCAACUGCAUGUGGUUUGCCAUUGGUUCAUUGAUGCAACAGGGAUGCGACUUUUUGCCCAAGGCACUUUCAACGCGCAUGGUGGCUGGCAUUUGGUGGUUUUUCACACUCAUCAUGAUUUCCUCGUACACUGCCAAUUUGGCUGCAUUUUUGACUGUCGAACGCAUGGACUCGCCCAUUGAGAGUGCAGAGGAUUUGGCCAAGCAAACUAGAAUCAAAUACGGCGCACUCAAAGGCGGCAGCACAGCAGCUUUCUUUAGGGACUCAAAGAUCUCCACAUAUCAGCGCAUGUGGUCGUUCAUGGAAUCGGCACGUCCAUCAGUGUUUACGGCCAGCAAUGGCGAGGGAGUGGAGCGCGUUGCCAAAGGCAAAGGCUCCUAUGCUUUCCUGAUGGAGUCCACAUCGAUUGAGUAUGUGACCGAGCGCAAUUGUGAAUUAACGCAGGUGGGCGGCAUGCUGGACACCAAGAGCUAUGGCAUAGCCACACCGCCAAACUCGCCUUAUCGCACUGCCAUCAAUAGCGUCAUACUCAAGUUGCAGGAGGAGGGCAAACUGCAUAUACUGAAAACUAAAUGGUGGAAGGAGAAACGAGGUGGUGGCAAAUGUCGUGUUGAAACAUCCAAAUCCUCGUCGGCUGCCAAUGAACUGGGACUGGCCAAUGUGGGCGGUGUGUUUGUGGUGCUAAUGGGCGGCAUGGGCGUGGCCUGUGUCAUAGCUGUCUGUGAGUUUGUGUGGAAGUCACGCAAAGUUGCCGUCGAGGAGCGUUUAAGUGCCAUAUUAAAUGAAUGAGGAAAAUUGUAAACCCAAGACGAAUGGGUUUAGUAAUCGGUCGUAUCGUUUUGGACCAGGAAUUAAUUGUGCAACUUUUGCAUGAUAUCCCAAUAAAUACAUGUGUAUGUGUGUAGUAUAUAGCUACUAAUCUGACGUUUGAGAUCAGACCAAAAAUAUAAUGUUGGGAAGAAAGAUAUAUAGAGAGAAAUGGCGCCACCAAUGAAAAAUCGCACAAGAAAACCAAAUAGAAGAAAAUAACGUUUCACUUGAAAUCUUUUGACAAGUAGCGAUAGUCACAAAAUUUAUAUACAACAACAAUCUUAUAAUAAACAUACUUACAUGCA